GCGGCAAAGAAGAAGAGAUUGAGCACGUCGGUUAUUCGACAUCACGGCUGUCUCACUUCAGAUGUUGUCGACGGAGGAUCUUCUUGAAAAGUUCAAAGAAGCUGGAAUACGUCGCUGAAGACGAAGAACAGACAUUCAGCGAAAAUGAGGUGGAUGGGGAAACAAUAGAGUGUGGCCUCAGAGAGAACAUGAUCUCAUAUUUAUUUCAAGGCUUCUCUAAAAAAACAGGCCAAGUUUAACAAAUUUGUACACAAGAUGGAGGUGGUAACAACAACACUAGAACCAGUGCCAGCAGAAUCCUAUCAACAAACUUCGACUACAGAAAAGUAAGUAUAACAUUGUGUAUUAUAUUUGUCCUAUGUUUAGUGGUUGACCGAUAUUGAUUAUAUUUUUUUUAUGCCUAAUGCCGAUAUAUCUUAGAAAGCAGAGUGGCCAAGCAGCACACACAAAGAAACACAGUUAACAGAGUUUUUAUAUUUAUAAUAUACCGUAUGAUACAGUUAAGUAGUGCUGGAACGAUGCGUCAACGUGAUCAAUUACGUAAAUUAGUCGAUUUGCGAGAAAUGCCAGACACGACACCAGCAGCGAACUUUUGUGUGACGAAGAAGGGAGAUAAGAGAUGGAAUGACUGUGGAGGAUAUACUUCAGAAAUACCCUUUCUUGAAAACACCCUCAGGGGUCAGUGACAUCACUGAUUUUUAAUCAGUUCUCAGCUUAAAAUAAAUGUUGAAUGAUAAACCAAACCGUAUGCUCAAAUGAUCAUUUAUAGUUAACUCUUUUGUAAAAACAGUGUAAUUUUCUAAAUCUUCAGGUAAACAAAUAUAUGUGCAUUCAAGCUUAGAAAUAUUUGAACAGUGAUAUUACUAUAGGGAAAUGGCAACGAAAGUGGCAACAAAGAAUAUUAGAAUGUCUGAUUUUAUUUUUUUAAGUACUUUUACAGGGUGUCUGCGGGGUCUUAAAAAGUAUUAAAAGUUGAUAAAUCCAUUUUGGGAAAAUUAAGGCCCUUAAAAGGUAUUAAAAAGUCUUAAUCCCGAUUUUAUGAGGUAUUAAAUUCUGUUCAAGCUUUGUCAAAAGAAUUUGACUCCAAAAAGUAUGCAUGAAUAUAUUUAUUUUCCUCCCCAUAACUAUUAAAAAAGAAAGGCGUGCUGUGGCGCGCGCGCCGUUUACGGGUGACGUCACGUAUUUUGCGAAAUGCGCGGUUAGGUGAUGUUUCGAUGUGUCGCCCUCCAUACGUCGCGAAACAGACUCCGAAAUGGGGAAAUGUAAAUUUGCGGACUCCUGGUUGGAGAAGGAUGAGUUUAAACAAUGGCUGAAGCCUGUCGCUGAAAACAACCGCGAGGCUUACUGUACAUAUUGUAAAAAGAAGAUUAGCGUAGCCUCGAUGGGCAUCAACGCUGUCAAGUCCCACAUGCACGGUGCUAGCCACAAGGCCGCCGUUGGCCGCAGAGAGCAGUCGCAGCUGUCCAUCGCCAGUUUUUGUGCUCCAACACCGACACCACUACCUAACACGACAGCUGAACUUGUCAAAACAGCUACGACAGCGACCUCUGCCCCAUCAUCGGCCGACAUCAGGGUGGCUAUGGGCGGCACAUCAACGAUGCGCGCGGAGGUUAUCUGGUGUCUCAAUACUGCGGUGAAUCACCACUCACUGAACUCAAACGAAGGUAUUUCUGAUAUUUUCAAGUCAAUGUUUCCAGACUCGGACAUAGCUAAGACAUUCACCUGUGGCAAGGACAAAACUGGUUACAUCAUGAGAUUCGGGCUUGCAACCUUCUUUAAGCAGCAGCUCGUCGACACCAUCAACAAAGCGGGCCCGUUUGUGUUAAUGUUUGACGAGUCUCUCAAUCAGUCAACAAAGAAGAAGCAACUUGACGUACAUGUUCGUUUUUGGGAUGAUGACUGUGUCCAAUCCAGGUAUCUGGGCUCUCAAUUCCUGGGACACGGAACAGCUCAGGACCUGUUGCAUCACAUUAAAGAGUGUGUUGCAAAACUGAAUAUGAGGCAGCUUGUCUCCAUCAGUAUGGACGGCCCCAAUGUUAACUUGAAGUUGGGAGACCUUCUUCAGAAGGAGCAUGCAGAGCUGUAUGGAGCUCAACUGGUCAAGGUUGGAAGCUGUGGGCUUCACACCCUCCACAAUGCAGUGAAGGCAGGCUUUACCAUGUGGCAGCUGGACAAGCUCCUUCGGGCACUCCAUUACCUUUUCCACAAUGUUCCUGCUAGGAGGGAGGACUUCACUGCCUUGACUGGGUCCACCUGCUUUCCGCUGCCAUUUUGUGGCCACAGAUGGGUGGAAAAUCUCCCUGUAGCAGAGAGGGCAGUUCAAGUUUGGCCAGUGAUUAUGAAGUACGUGGAUGCAGUCAAGCAAAAGAAGCUCCCAAACCCGGGCACAGCCUCUUACGACACCAUUGAGGCAGCACAAGCUGAUCCCUUUAUCAUUGCCAAACUCCAGUUCUUCCUGGCAAUAUCCAGGACCUUCAACCCCUUUCUGACCAAAUACCAGACCGAUGAGCCAGUUUUGCCCUUCUUGGCCAAAGAUCUGAGUGAGCUGCUUAAGAGUCUACUGAGACGUUUUUUUGAAGAGAGAGCUCCUGCAUGACCUCACCCCCCUGCAGCUGACCAAAGUCAAUGUGGCUGAUGAGGCAAACUGGGUCCCAGUUAUGAAUGCUGAUAUAGGCCUGGGCGCUGAAUCUGCCAUAAGGGCACUUCAGACCGAGCCAGGAGGCAGGGUAGGGGAGCUUUCUGUGCUCAUCUUCCGGAGAGAGUGUAGGCAGGGCCUGGUUACCGUGGUUAAGAAACUACAGGAGAAAAGUCCCUUGAAGUUUCCAGUGGUCAGGGCCAUAGCAUGUUUGGACCCCACAAGCAUGCACAGGGAUCCAGAGUGGUGCCUCACAAAGAUGAAGACUACAGUGCAGAAAUUCCUGCAGGAUAGUCAGUUGGCAGGAGGCAUCUCAGCUGGUGAUGUGAUUGUCCAACAAUUUGAGAGCUUUCUCACUGUUGAGGCUAGAGAUGAGUGUUUCCUCUCCUUUCAGCCACUGCAGCAGCGGAUUGACGUGUUCUUGCACUCAGCACUCAGCAAGUCUUACCCUGAGUUGU